UUUGGAUUGCUCCUCGGUUUUGGAUUGCUCCUCGGUUUUGGAUUGCUCCUCGGUUUUGGAUUGCUCCUCGGUUUUAGUCGGGCCAUGCUCGCCUGUCGACCCCGAUGCGUGCAUGCUGCUGCAUGGCCUGCGUCGAGCCGCGAAUGUUUCUACCCUGCCUUCAAGCCGCGACGAAUUCCACUCGGCCGACAGUCCACGCCUGCUUGCGAUUCGAAUCCGACGCAGCUGCGGCCAUGCACGCUUGUGCCCGCACCGCAACUCUCCUCGUCAGCCCAUUCUUAAUCGCGUCGCCAAUCGCCAGCGCCUCGUCGAAGCGAAAGUCCCUUCACAUCGUAACGAGAUCGCAUGGUUAGCGAUGGUUGUCAAAGCCGUCUUGCCCUACCGUUCCUAUCAAUGUUGGCUCGUCUCCGCAUGGCCGAGCCACGAAUCCCUACGGUUCGGAGCCGCAAUUCUCAAAAACCGCCCACGCAUGGCCGAGGCGUGAAGCCGAAGGCCUUAGAGCCGAGGCCAUAGGCCACGUGGCGAUCGAGCCUCGCUGCCGGCGAUUGAGGCGGGUUACCCUCCGCGCCUGGCGAUAUCUACGAAGGACACCGCGGCCGUGCCGAAACGGAAUACGGUUACCCGUGGAGCUUAUUCUUCCGCGACCAAUGGAUGGUCACGGGUGCGUGCGGCGGAGCUGGUUCGGUUCGGUUCGGAGGCGUAGAAAAGCUGGGGGGCGUGCAGGCAUUCGGAGGGACCCCUCUUAUCAGAGGCUACUUUUGAGUCGACUCAGGAGAGUCACCUCGUACAAAAGCCGGCGGGCGUGCAGCCAGAAGCUAGAUUCCGUGUUACCGGAGGCUGGAACCCGGCGUUCCUCUGCGCUUGCUCGCGCUCUGUUUUCUAAGCGCCGGCAGCUAGGUGGCAGCCUCUCAGUCUCCUAACGUGCCGUCGCAGCUCUAGUCGCAGCUCUCGUCGCAGCUCUCGUCGCAGCUCUCGUCGCAGGUCUCGUCGCAGCUCGCAUCGUCACGCACAGUCGUUUGCGAGGCAGCGGCCUGAGGCCGUUGCAACUGAGGGACAACUUCGGCAUCCCUCUGUGGUUCUUAUCACCAUCACCCUUCGCGAGCCUUCGCCAUGCGUCGUUACCUCCUGCCGCUCUUCUCCCGUUUCGUCAACUUCGCCACGCGUUUCGUCGACGCCAUCUGCGGCUUCCUCCUCCUCCCGCCGCUCGCGACGCGCCUGCUGCAGUGGCUGCUCCCGUUAGAGGAACGCGCCGUGCUGCGCGCCGCGUACAAGGCCACCGGGCUGCGUGACUAUGGCGAGGGCUCGUUUCUGGCGCCGCUGCGGCUUCUAUUGAAGGGGCUGGAGGAGGAAGCGCGGCUUAGCGCGUUCGGGAGGAUUCUUAUAUGGAACGAUGUACAGCGCCUGCUGCGCUAUCGCCUGCAGUUGGAGGACACGAGGAAGCGACACCCCGAGAUAGAGAAGGAGAAGAUAAAGGCUCCAGUGUUCAUAGUGGGCCUGCCGCGCACGGGCACCACGUUCCUUUUCAACCUGCUCGCCCUCGACGACUCUCUCUUCCGCUCGCCCCUCACAUGGGAGGUGCACCACAUGCACCCUCCCCCGGAUAAAACCUGCUACGACACGGAUAAGAGGAUUGGGGAGACACAGGCGUUCUUGGAGGGGGUCUCUGCGCUGCUGCCUACAUUCCAGGCGUUACACCCUGUGACAGCAACGGGGCCACAGGAAUGCAUGGGGCUCAUGAUGUACGACUUCACCUCCUUCGCGUUCCCCACCAUCCAUUUCAACAUCCCCACCUACUUCGACUGGUACCUCACGUCAGACCUCACCCCCACCUACCGCUUCCUGCGCUGGCAGCUGCAGUACCUUCAGUGGAAAGGUCCCAAAGCGGAACGCUGGUUGUUGAAGUGCCCAGCCCACCUCUUCUCCCUGCCUUCUCUUAUGGCCGCUUUCCCCGACGCCGAGCUGAUCUUCACACACAGGAACCCAUUGACAGUGUUGGCAUCGGCGCACAGCCUUAUAAAGGGGAUAAGGAGCAUUCACUCAGAUCAUGUGGACACAGCAGAGAUCUCCAGGGACUGGGUGCCAAAUGUCGCACACGCAUUGGCUGAGAUGAUUCGGCUGAGAGGGAUUGAAGGGGCAUAUGCAGAGAGGGAGGGAGCGGCGCCUCUGAGGAAUGUAGAGGGGAAGGAGGAAGAGAAGGCAGGAUCGAAUGGGUUUGUGACAGUGACAAAGGGAGAGGAGGAGGUGGGAGAUGAGGUGGGGGGCAGUGAGAGCAUUGUUACCAGUAAUGGGAGCAGGAGCGGUGGUUCUUUCCCUACUGGUUUCACCAGCAGCAACAAGAGCAACAGCAGCAAUGGCAGCAUGAGCAAUGGCAACAAUGGCAACUUAAGCGACGGUAGCAACAAGCGCAUCAGCAGCAAUGCCAGCAAUGGCAGCACCGACAGUAACAAGCUGCCUGCAGCUGGCAGUGCCGACACGCUGAUGUGGCAAUCUCAGGCCGUUGAUGUGCGCUACAAUGACCUGGUGUCCGAUCCGAUGGCCACAGUGCGCCGCAUCUACCGCGACCUGCUCAAGCGCCAGCUGGACGAUGAUGUGGCGGAUAAGAUGCGUGCCUACCUGGCUGCCAACUCCAAGGAGAAGAGGCCUCGCCACCACUACAAGUGGGAAGAUACGCUGCUGGAUAGGGAGGAGGAGAAGAAGCGCUUUAAGUUCUACAUUGAUGCGUUUAGUCUUGAUAGUGAGUAGUAGAGUUUGUAGUGUGAGCCUUGUACUGCAUGCUGUAGAGUCGCUGCCAAUGUAUUGUGCUUGUAUAUAUCUCUACAGGAAGAAAGAGUUCAGUGUUAA